AUGAUGUUGUUCCAACUCAACAAUACUGGUAUCCACUUGGAUAGUGGAUCUACUUUUCAUUUGCGAACCAAUGAAGAUGACUUUAAAGAAGGAAGUCUACAAGGAAUUCAUGGAGGAUUCCAUUAUGCCUCUAAUGUGGAUGGAAGAAACCUUUAUCGAGAAGGAAUCGAUAAGGUAUUUGAUUCUGUUUGUAAGCUUGAUACACGAGCUAGCGACAACAUCAACAGUUUGUCGAACAUGGUAAAAGAUGGAUUUGAUGUAUUUAUGGACACAAAGAGAGAGAACAGCUUCUUUGUAACCAGAAACGGGACUACAUGGCAAUUUGGACAUGGCAAUGGAUUAUAUACUUUAGUUGACGAACCUGCUGCCACAGCAGGUUCGUCAACUAAAGAAAAACGGAAAACGAAAAGCACCGAACCGAUCGGAACUUUGCAAACGGUAUUCGUAGCCUAA